GCCAUUCCUCCAGAGACUCAAAGAACACCAAAACCCAAACCAAAACCAAAAAUUCCCGGACAAGACCAGGAAACCGAUCAAAACGGCAGCCACAAUUUCCAGCAGCGCAGGAUUAGGAGCAGCAGCCGGCGCCGAAGUCGCUUCGUACGCUGAUCUCCACCAGCAUUCGCAGCAUUAUCCCAGCUCCCAUCCGCAUCCGCAUCCACACCCGCAUUCGCAUCCCUUCGCCGACGGCUUCAAGCUGCGUUCCGAGGAGCCGGUGCCGGGCUUUAGCUCGGCCUCCCCCUGGCCCACCCUGGAGCUGGGCAUGGAAUGGGGCCGGAAGCUCUAUCCGAGCGCCGUCUCCGGCCCCAGGUCCGCCGGCGGUUUGAUGUUCGGCCUGCCACCUACAGCCGCCGAUAUGAAUCAGCCGCGGGGUCCAAUGACGUCCCUCAAGGAGGAGCCCCUGGGCAGCCGGUGGGCCAUGCAGCCAGUCGUUGAUCAGAGCAAUCUGGGCAUUGGCCGCGCCCACUUUGAGAAGCAGCCGCCCAGUAAUUUGCGCAAGUCGAACUUCUUCCACUUUGUGAUCGCCUUGUAUGAUCGGGCUGGACAACCCAUCGAGAUCGAGCGCACAGCCUUCAUUGGGUUCAUUGAGAAGGACUCGGAGUCGGAUGCCACCAAGACGAACAAUGGCAUCCAGUACAGGCUGCAGUUGCUGUACGCCAAUGGAGCCCGCCAGGAGCAGGAUAUAUUCGUGCGACUCAUCGAUUCGGUGACCAAACAGGCCAUCAUAUACGAGGGUCAGGACAAGAAUCCGGAGAUGUGUCGCGUGCUUCUCACGCACGAGGUGAUGUGCAGCCGCUGCUGUGAUAAGAAGAGCUGUGGUAAUCGCAACGAGACGCCAUCGGACCCCGUCAUUAUUGAUCGCUUCUUCCUCAAGUUCUUUUUGAAAUGCAAUCAAAAUUGUUUGAAGAAUGCCGGCAACCCGCGGGAUAUGCGCAGAUUUCAGGUGGUGAUCUCCACACAGGUGGCCGUUGAUGGACCACUGCUGGCCAUCUCCGACAACAUGUUCGUGCACAACAAUUCGAAGCACGGACGGAGGGCCAAGCGACUGGACACCACGGAAGGUACAGGCAACACAUCCCUGUCCAUUUCCGGUCACCCCCUAGCGCCCGACAGUACCUACGAUGGUCUCUAUCCCCCGCUGCCUGUGGCCACGCCCUGCAUCAAGGCGAUCUCACCCAGCGAGGGCUGGACAACUGGCGGUGCCACCGUGAUUAUUGUGGGCGAUAACUUCUUCGAUGGCCUCCAGGUGGUCUUUGGCACUAUGCUGGUCUGGAGCGAGCUGAUCACCUCACAUGCAAUCCGGGUGCAGACGCCACCGCGGCAUAUUCCUGGAGUGGUAGAGGUGACGCUAUCCUACAAGAGCAAGCAAUUCUGCAAGGGAUCGCCCGGUCGCUUCGUCUAUGUCUCAGCUCUCAACGAACCCACAAUCGACUAUGGUUUCCAGCGCCUGCAGAAGCUGAUACCCCGGCAUCCUGGUGAUCCCGAGAAGCUGCAAAAGGAGAUAAUCCUCAAGCGAGCAGCCGACCUGGUCGAGGCGCUGUAUUCCAUGCCCAGCAGAUCCCCGGGCGGCUCUACAGGCUUCAACUCCUAUGCCGGCCAGCUGGCGGUCAGUGUGCAGGAUGGCACUGGCCAAUGGACCGAGGAUGAUUACCAGCGGGCCCAGUCGAGCAGUGUGAGUCCGAGAGGUGGUUACUGCAGCAGUGCCUCUACGCCGCAUAGCUCGGGAGGAUCCUAUGGAGCCACGGCGGCUAGUGCAGCCGUAGCAGCAACUGCCAAUGGUUAUGCACCUGCACCCAACAUGGGCACGUUGUCCUCCUCGCCCGGCAGCGUCUUCAACUCCACGUCAAUGUCCGCCGUGUCGUCGACGUGGCAUCAGGCGCUCGUGCAGCAUCAUCAUGCAGCGGCCGCCCAUCCGCACCAUCACUACCCGCAUCCCCACCAGCCCUGGCACAAUCCGGCCGUGUCAGCAGCCACGGCGGCGGCCGUUUAAGCCAUAUAUACCAGGAGAGUUCAAUGGAAGGAGAGCAGAGCCAGGACCUGCGAGGAAAUUAAAUGCUGCCCAUGUCCAACCCCAAGAAAAUAAAGAAAAAUCGACACGCCAGCCACCCACGCAGAGAGAGAGGGAGAUAGCCAGACAGAGACAAUCUAUCAAUCGGCAAGGACAUGGCCAAAAGGGGUGGCAAAUAACAAAUCUGAGCACUCUAAAAACACACAUCCACCUUCAACAGACACCACAGACAACACACGAUUAACGGGGUCAGCAGCCUGAGUUUCAAUCCCUUCGCCCUGCCCACCUGCAACACACAGGGCUAUAGCACCCAACUGGUGACCUCAACCAAAUAAUAUUACUACUAAUGAGGCUAUUGGCAGGCCACCAAUCCCCUCGCGGACAUCCACAAGAAGCUCGACAGUGCAAUAAACAUGAGGAAAUGGUUCCAAAAUUCGCAAAAAACAUAAAACAAAAAAAAACUCAUAAAAAACAAAAACCUAUUGAUAUAAUUGUACAUUUUUUGAUUAAAGCCCGUUUUUAAUUUAUAUUUAAAUACGCCUCGGUACUAGAUAUAUACCUAACAAAUACAUAUAGAAUACCAUAUCAAAGUAAUUUAAAACAUAUGAAAGAGGGUCUUUAAAACCCAACAAGAAAUCAUUUUGUAAAUAUUUAUCCCAAAAUAUACAUAAACUUAAUGCUUAAUAUUAAUCGGAACUGUGAAUAGAGGAAAUUAUACCAAUUUAUAUAUACCCAUGAUGAUGAUUGAUCAAUUCUAAACAAAAAUACGAAUACGAAUCAAGAUAUACCAAAACAGAUACAAUUUGAAUGAACUUUUUGGACAUAAAACUAACUGCUUGUAUACGAUACUUUCUUGGAUAAAUAUCGAAAAAAAAGAAGAAAUUUAAAGAAAAUGGAAGACAUAUGGGGAAUACCCUCGCUCUCUCUGCCAAUUGAGAAAACCGAAAUCAAAAUGUUAUAUACCUACAUAGAUAUACACCACAUUCGCGGUGACAUUUGCAGCAUAUCUAAGCGUAAUAUUACAAUGAAAUUUAUACCAAAAAAAAAACAAAAAACUUUUGGCAAAAACAUAUCGUGCACUUAGCCCUAAUAUCCAACAAGUCCAUCUCACGCAAUCCCAUACUCGUAUAUAUAGUACAUCAUUUCCACCAUUCGAAAUUCAUAUAGAACGGUUCGAUUAACACCAAAUCAUCAUAAGAUAUAUACAUGUAUACAUUUUGCUAUUCAAGUCAGAGUGUGUUUGAUAAACUACCGAUUUGUUGACUAGACUCUAAGCCAGGCCCCAUAUCUGGGGGGUGCAUACAAGUACUACACACAAGUAGUCCUAAGUUUAUUGUUUAUUACUCGAUUUGUAGGGGUUUUACUGUAAUUUCGUAUUCGUAUUGUAUGAUAUAAAGCCGUAUGCUAGCACCAAAGGCCUUAUAGUAACAAGAUGGGUAACGGUUGUAGGAUUUUUUCAGGAUCUCUGGAAGUUUUGUUCUUAAGCAUUCUUAAUUCUAAAUGGUCUUCACUUUGUAGCCAGCGUUAUUCAUCUUGUUAUUAUAUGGUCUUUGCUUGCACUCCUAGAUCUACAAAAUAAUUGAAAUCCCAUGCGAGAGACGAUAGUGAAGCAUAUCUAUAAGGGCAGCAGCAUUAACCGCUAAAUCGAUUUGUAAAUUACAAAUACAAUAAUUUAUAAUAACAACCAUCUAGCAAACGCUCUCUGUUUUGUAAAUCUUAACAAGUUAUUUAAAUAAAAUUUAUUUAAAAUAAACGUCUUACACCAUGAA